UCGAGCGGUUUGAAAGGAGCGCAUUAGAUUAACAGGGCUCGGCUGGACAUCUGUAGGAAACUUUCGGUAUGCUGUUCAGUGUUUGCGUCGCAGUUAGCCUAACCAAUACUUUAUUUGCUGUUGGAGUGCUGUGUAUGCCACUGCCCUACGCGGGGCCACACAUCGCCAAUGGCUGGGGCCAGCCUGUCCGACUAAGGCAUUUGUACGCUGCCAGGCACGGACUGCAUUUGCAGAUCAACAAGGAUGGCAAAGUGGAUGGCUCCGUUCUCCAGAGUUCAUACAGUUUGCUGGAAAUUCGACCUGUAGAUACAGGCUUUGUCGCUAUCAAAGGAGUGACAAGUUCCCAGUUUCUGUGCAUGGAUGAGAGUGGAAAAGUACAUGGAUCGCCCACCUAUGUAAAAGAUGAUUGUUCCUUCUUGGAGCGUAUACUUCCUGAUGGCUACAACAUCUAUGUCUCAGACAAACAUAGAGCAGUGGUGAGUUUGAGCACUGACCGGCAGAGGCUCCAGGUGAGGGACAGAGGCCUGCCACCACUUUCUCAGUUCCUGCCCAUGAUGAGCACCCUUUCUGCUGGAACAACAGAUGAGCACCUGGAGGGUGUGCCCACUGAUGUACAGCAGGAGUCACAGUCAGCCCUUAAGAUGGACAGCAUGGACCCAUUUGGCAAACUAUCACAGAUUGUCAUGCAGAGUCCCAGUUUCAACAAAAGAUAAAUCAUUGUGGUUCUCCCACAUUAAUGUAGGAGAAAAAAGGAGAAUGGUACUG